UAAUGAUAAUAAUUAAUAUGAAUAUAAUUCUAAAAAGUUAUGAAACUAUAUUAUAGUACGCUCACGUGCCGUAAUAAAAAUCUAUAUAUGAGUUAUCUAAAGAUCGUUAACGGAUGCGGAUGACAGUGUUGCAGGUUAAAUGAACGACAGGCAACGAGGAUUUGAUUAGACACAUGUACCUGUUACCUAUAAAUAUAUACCUACAUAUGUUUAGUAGAAAGUACAUUAAUGAGUAUUAUAUGGUAUAAAGGUACAAAAACAGUUGAUGAUUGCAGGUCGUGGAACAACAACAACAACGGCAACAGCAAUAUGUUGUUUGUAAAUAGGUGCGCGUUAAAUGCAAAUUGUAAACGUCUAAGACGAUUGCCACUAUAAUACAUACGUAUACAUUAUAGUGACAUGCGUAGAUGUAUAUAUACGAUAAGAAUUGAAUUUGUAUGAUAGAAAGUGUAUACAUGCGUAGGUAUAGGAGUGGUCACACACACACACGCACACUUUCAAACGUAUAUAAUAAUAGCGUCCGAUAUUUAGUGUUUGAAAAAUGAUAAUUGCAGAAGUCGUUCCCGAAGAAAAGUUCCUGUAUAAUAAUAGAUAAGUGCUCCUCGAAAUGAAGAGUAGGUACUUAAUCGGAUUAUAUAAUAUAAUAAUUGUAACUCCAUGUAUAUAAUGUCCAGGUCAGACUGUUAGAUUGAAUACUCUAGCUAUUUUAUAAAAAAUUAAGUGUUGAAACAACAAAUUUACCCCCUUGUACUUAUAGGGUUUAAAGGUACACUUAUUAUCUUAAUAACUGCAUUAGGGUACAUAAUUUCUUUUUGCGUUCAACAGUAGUAUCAUAUUUUUCACUUGGUGAGAUACCUGAUAUAAUUAUUUGAAAUUCCAAAAUCUUAUUGUUUUUUAUGGCAUAGGAAAAUUAAAUACCGUUAGGUAUAAAGUCUUUAUUCUGAUAAUAUACUACCUAAAUACAAUUGAUGUCCUCCUUUCAGAAUUUUAUUAUAUAGAUCUUGGAACCGAAUUCUUGGAGACCCUCGUAAACUAUGAGCAAAAAAUGUAAUGUAUAGAUGCAAAGUUUCGUGACAUAUUCCAUUAAUCCGAUUUAACUGUUCAUAACGAUUGUCGAUUUGUAACUUUUAUGUUGAAAAUAUGUACCUAUAAUUUGUUAAUCGCGGUUUGGUUAUAAUAACGUCGAAAAUUUAUUCAAUUCAUGAACGUCGCGAGUACCCCAGUAGUUGUCAUAAUAUCUAACAGUAUCUAUACAAAAUAUACCUAUACAAGAAAUCGUACUAUGAAUUUUUUCAUUACGAGAUCUCUGUUUUAGGUGGGGUGGCCGAAGGUGGCUAAAGAAAGAGACCGACCCUUAUGAUAAUUAUGUUUAAAAAAAAAAUAAAAAACCUUCGUGGAAUCCGAUUUAAGGCAUUACGGACUAUAAUAGGUCCUAUUUCACAAAAUAAUAUGCACAGUGGACGUGAUAUGGCACAACCCGACGAUAAAAUAAUGUUAUGUAGUAGGAGUUAUAGCUGUGGCGGCGACGGUAGCAGCAGCAGUAAUAGUAAUAGUUGUAGUAGUGGUAGUAGUAAUUGUAGAAGUGGUAGUAGUAGUAGUAGAAGUGGUAGUAGUAUUAGUAGUUGUAGUAGGAGGCCGGGCCGGACCGUCGCUACCGCCGCCACCGACGACGACGACGUCGGCGGCGGCCCGUAACAAUGGCCGGGGCGCAUGCCUGCGGACCGUCUCGGCGGCGGUUCUUUGUUUUCCAACCUUUUGAUUCGCCCGAGACAAAAGGUGUGGGCCACCCCACCGCGCCGCGCGCGACACACCGCGCCUUCUGCGCGGCGGGGGCGUGCGGCGUACGUACGGAAAAUCGCCACCACCGACAACGGCGGUGCCCGAAACGUCCGUCACACACUCACACAAGCGCGCGCGCACACACACACGCGUACACGAGCACGCGCGCGCGCGCGCCCAGCACCACUAAACCCCAUCGGCGGCGGCAACAGCAGCACCCGCAGCCGCCCGAACGUCCACCCGCCCGCCACCAACCGCCCUCCGACGGACGCGACGACGACGACGACGACGACGAGUACGACGACUACGACGACGCCGCCGCGGGAAGGCGAACUGUUCAGUCAGUCAGUCAGUCGGUGUACGUCGCGCGUUUACGGUGUGCUCAAACGUAUUACGCGCGCCAGUACGUCCCGCGGCCGAUCGCUCGCUCGCCGGCUCGUCCGAAAUUUUACGCACCUCUCUCUCACUCCCCCGUAAUUCCCACUCACGUAAUUCGACGGUCGGACCGCGUUUAAUCGUUCUCUCUCACUCCCACCCUCGACUGGAGCUGUCAGUCCGUCGUGCCACACGCGCGUCCGUAGACCGCGAGCCGCCCACGCGCCGGCGACACUUUUCUCGCCCUCCCCGUGGGUUUUUGGCGAACAAUUUUUUCGAAUUUUUUGCCGUCUCGCUCGUGUUAUGACGACCACCCGCCGUCGAUGAACAAUUAUCGUUUUUUUUUUCGACAAUAAUUCGCGUCAUUUCAUACUCAUCUUCCAAUGGCUCUGCCGGCCGGUGUCGUCUGUUCCGUUCACAAUAGUUACUCCGUGUAAUGUCAUCGAAACGUAAAUCGCCGCCGUCCAAGUUGCUGGAGAACGCCGCGAGCGCACCCGACACGACAACGACGGCCGAGACAACAGUUGCAACCACGACCGCGGUCGAAGAGAACGGUAACGGCAGCAGUAGCGGCCACUCAGACGACGGUCACGCCUGCGGUAACGGUACCGAAGUCGUCGACAACUGCAGCGAAACGACCAUGGAAACUGCCACGGCCACAGCGUCGGCCGUGCAGACGACGGACAGGAGCUGCGGCAGCCCAGCGAUGGCCAACAGCCCUCCGCCGUCAUCAACGGCUACCCGGCCGGCCAGCAGCAGUGGUGGCACGUCCCCCUCGCCGUCGUCGGACAGCGAGAACAGCAGCAGCGGCGGCGGCCGGUACGCUUCCGGUUCGUCUCCCGUAGGCGGCACCGGUGGCCGACAGUCGUCCAACAACAACAACAGCUAUAACAACAGCAACAAACGCCAGCGCACCGAAAGUCCCUCGUCCGCAGCGGGGUCUGCUGCGGCCGCGGCCGCUGUGGCCGCUCUCAGGGCGUCGCCGUUCGCCGCGUACGCCAGACAACACAACACGGGAUCGCCGCCUCAACACCAGCCGUCCGCACAUCCACCACCGCAUAUCGCGUCGUUUUUAACGCUUAACCAUGGCGCCGCUUUCUACGAGACAGCCGUUGCCGCGGCAGCGUACGAACGGGCGUUCAUGAACGCCGGCGGCCAUCACAUCCAGCAGCAGCAGCAGCAGCAGCAACAGCAGCAACAGCAGCAACAGCAACAGCAACAACAGUACCAUCACAUGAUGGACAGCGUUCAGGCUGCGGCGGUGGCCGCCGCUGCGGCUGCUGGUUCGUCGUAUUUCGACAUCGAACAUCGUCUACUCCGCGGCAAGGGUGCGAGCGCCGACGAUGCCGACAAACUCGCCCAUCUCAUGCACCUGAACAACAACACGUUCAUGCACAACCACAAUAACAACAACAACAAUAACAACAACAACAACGUGAUGUCCCCGAUCGGCGGACCGACCGCGGCCAAGCGAACCAUGGACGACGUGCUCAAGAAACUCUCGUCGAAAACGACCUUCAGAGACGAACACGGUGUCACGGCGUCCGCCCGUUCCGAUUCGCCUCCGCACAAGACCAGUAAAUCGGACACUCUGACGGAACACGGUGAAGAUCCUUCAGGAGGUCUCCCCGGCAUGGAUAUACUGCAAAACUUGCAGGGCGAUACCACUACUAUAGUCGAAAAAGAACGCAAACUGUCGGAAAUGAUAUUGCAAUUGCAAUUGUUUCGAGAACAACUGCUUAACCAACAAGAUCAUCCGAACAAGUUCAACCACCUGAAAGGGAUGCCGAGCCUUCAGAGCCCUCAGUCGAUGUUCUUCCUGCCGUUAUUGGACCAAUUGCGCGGCCUGUCGCACUGUUCCAACGCGGCCGCGCUGGCCGGUCAACAGCAACAGCAGGCCUCCACCACGACGGCGUCCACCAAUUGCAACGUCAUGCCGACAGCCGUGUGGGCCAACAACGGCCGACCGCCGUCGACGUCGUCGGCCAGUCAGUGUUCCAUGCAACUGCAACAGGAACAGCAACAGACGCCGCCGCCUGCUCAGGCGCAGCAGCAACAGCAGCUACGACACCGGACGACGGCCGCCGACCCGGACGCGCCGCUGAACCUGACCAAGCGAAAGUCACCCACGCCGCAACCGCAUCCUCCGUCAUCGACGACGCCGCAAAACCACCACCAACAUCUCCAACAGCAGCAGCAGCAGCAGCAGCAACAACAGCAGCAACAGCAACAGCAGCAACACCAUCAUCUCCAGCAGCAGCAACAGCACCAACAGCAGUUGCAACACCAACUGCAACAACAGGCCAACAACAUGUUCCCGCCGGGCGGCGCCGGAUGGAACUCGUCUUCGUCUUCGCCGCCGGCCACCACACCGGGCACUGCCAACAGGCGGUCCGGUUCCGGCCAGGGACUGGUCAGUCCACCGGCCGCGGCCACGCCGAAACUCCUGCCGCCGCCCAUACCGGUGUCCAGGGGAUUCAUGCCGUACGCCGGCAUACCACAGCCUGCUCCUCUGCACCGCUCUAGAAACUUAAAACGAAGCCUAUCGCCCAGCGCGGAAACGAUGUCGCAGUACUCAAGAUUCCAAGGGUAUCCGCCUCAGCUCAUCAGGGACGAUCAUUCCGUAGACAUGGAUUUAUCUUGGAGACCCAGCGAUCCAAAUUUCAAUAUUGACGACACUGCAACUGACAAAGGUCACAUGAUACGGCAGCAGAAGAAGGACGGCGAGCAUAUAAAGAGACCUAUGAACGCGUUCAUGGUUUGGGCCAAAGACGAGAGGCGAAAGAUCUUGAAAGCCUGUCCUGACAUGCACAAUUCGAACAUUUCGAAAAUAUUAGGUGGCAGGUGGAAGGCAAUGUCGAACGCUGACAAGCAGCCGUACUACGAGGAACAGUCCAGGCUUUCCAAGUUGCACAUGGAAAAGCACCCGGACUACCGGUACCGGCCCAGGCCGAAGCGGACGUGCAUCGUGGACGGCAAGAAGAUGCGGAUAUCCGAGUACAAGACGCUGAUGCGACAGCGGCGGAACGAGAUGCGGCAGUUGUGGUACAGGGGCGAGGAGUCCGGUCCUUCCGGUUCCGGGCUGGACGGCGUGGCCGAGCCGGACGUGGCCGGCACCAGUUUCAGAUUUCCGGCCGACGGGUCCGUAUCGCCGAUCGUGAUGUACUCGAUGGCCAACUCGCCGGCCAACUCGCAGGCCAACUCGCCGUCGUUCAGCGUCGACAGUCACGACGAGGACUAGGCGCCGGCGGUGCAGUAAUUGUCGCUAUAUCACUCGCCCGGUGCAGUGCACGCGCUAAGUCUUAUAGGUACCUACCGACAAAAGCUUUGCGCGUCGCCAUCGCGUACAAGUCAUCGCCAUCGCGAUGCGCAGAUAUUGCGGUCCUCAGCAGUACAGGACGCCACUGCUGCGCAGCUACCCCGGUCGUCGGCGGUGCAAGACGCCACUGCAUACGGCUUGUUGCUCUCUGCCGACAACCACUAUUCCUCCACGCCACGUCCACGACGACCGGCGAAACAGGCCAGUACCCCACGACUACCAACAGUACCUGUAUUACACUAUUUAUAUAUAUUAUUUAUAGUGCAGCGUUAGUAGACAUGGAAAUAGUCAAAAGUAAACCCCCUCCUCCUCAUGUGUAUGUACCAAUUUUUUUUUUUAAAUUAUACCGUGUACAGAAAAUUGUAUAAAUUAUUAUUACUAUGAUUUUUUUAAUUACAUGAUUUUAUUAUUAUAUAAUUAAACGUAUAAAAGCCGAGAAAAAAAUUCGAAAAAAAAACAGAAUUAUAUCGCGUUCAUUAUUAUGUGUUACAUAUUAUAUUUUAGCGGUUAUAAUUCGAGUGUAUACAAUAUUAUUAUUAUUAUUAUUAUUAUCAUCAUUAUUAUUAUUAUUAUUAUUAUUAUUAUUAUUAUUAUUAUAUAUUAUUUUAUAAAUAUUAUAUUAUAUAUAGAUAUUAUAAAAUAUUGUAGCUAUAUAUGUAGCUGGAUUUCUUUCGCAACUGUAUUAUAUAGUAUAGGUAGGUACGUUAAUUAUAUUUUGUACAAACAUAACUCAGUUUAAUAAUAUAUACAUAUUAUGAUAUCGAUUAUGAUUAAUCGAAAAAUUAUGUGAAAUUCCAAAAAAAAAAA